AGGGAUCGAACCCGCAACCUCAUGGUUCCUAGUCAGAUUUGUUUCUGCCGUGACAUGAUGGGAAGUUCCCAUCCUUUAUUUUUAAAUCCACGUUGUAAUUUAUUUCACUGACAGUAUCUGGCCAACUGUAUCUUAUUGUUGGGAUUUUGCUUGAUAAAUCCAUAUCUCCAACAGCUCUAGCUGAUUUUCUGCUUUAGUAUAUAUUUUGUUGCCGUGUCCUUUUGGUUUUACUUUUCUAUACAGAAUCUCCCUGAUGAUAGGGAGUAAUGAAUCAUUUUGAGAGAAAGACUCCCUUUAUCUUUUAAUAGAACCACAAAUUCUGUCUCCACAGAAAUGUUUUAUUGUUAUUAUUUGGGAUAAGGAAAAAAGAAAAAGUUAGGUGUAAUUAAAUAAUAUCCAAACCUCAUUGUAAUGUUUAUUGCAUGCUUUUCUCACACCCAUCAUUUCGGCGAUGAGUUCAACCUGGCUCUCGUGUUUUUUUCCAAAGCAGCUGAAAGUGAUAGUUUUACUCUCUCAUCUUGCCUCUGCUCUGCACUCAGGAAAUGCCCAGUGUAUGCCAAGUGAUGAACCAGAUGCUGAAUAAUAUUAAGGAGUAGCAUCAAAGAUAGAACUCAGUCAGCCUUACUAUCUUCUCUUACCCUAGUUAAAACCAAGUCACUGUUGCUCUUUAUUUUUAAUCAGUUGAGCCUCUAAGCCAAGUUUUCUCCCUUUGCAUAUCUUCAUCUUUCUUUUGAUGGGUGUGAUUUGUUUUGGAGUAGAUACUGUUGUACUUAAGUACGUUUGUACUACUACAUAGGAAAAAAUGGAAAGUUAAUCUUUUUAAAGCUUUUUUUGUUUAUAACAUUUCAUGAAAGAUUAAUUGGAUAGGAUACGUUUCUGAUUGGAAUAUAGCAGAAGCCUACAGCCAGGAAAAUGUAUGACUAUGUCUUAUCUGCUGCUGGUUUAAAAACAAAACCAAAAAACCCUAAGUAUAUGUAAAUAUUAAGUAAUAGUCUAUAAUGGCAUUUUUAAAAUCCCGCUAUGCCUAUUACUACUUCCUUAGUUACGGAGAAUUACCGGGUAGCCCUGAAGAAAUUGUGUUGAGGCUUUUGCCAAGAGCUGCUUCUGGUAGGAAAAUGCUUAGUAAUGAUGAAGACACGCCCUCCAGUUCAGUGGCCAUUUUGUAGGUAGUUCUAGAGAAACAAGUGGGAUCCAUCAAAGGGAGACGUGCACGGCUCCAAAGAAUAGGGUCAAGAGGCAGUCUGUUUUUCCUCCAGGUCAACUGGAGAAAUUAGAACGAUGCUGUCUAAUUCUCCACUUUACCAGUACUUACAGGAUCUGGGACACACGGACUUUGAAAUAUGUUCUUCUCUGUCACCAAAACCAGAAAAAUGCACAGAGACAGAGGGACAACCAAAGCCUCCUGCAAGAGCGCUGCCAAAACAAGGCAUCCUGUUAAAAGUGGCUGAAAUCAUCAAAAGUUGGAUUUUAGCUCAGUGCAAUAAGAAUGAUGACUUACUUCACAAGUUGGUGGAGCCAUCCUCAUUCUUCAGUGGUACUAGAACUGUGGAUAUUGGAUUCCGACUCGACUCACUAAAUACCAUCCUGCAACAGGAAGUCCUGUUACAAGAGGAUGUGGAGCUGAUUGAGCUACUUGAUCCCAGUAUCCUGUCUGCAGGGCAAUCUCAACAACAGGAAAAUGGAUACCUUCCAACACUUGGCUCCCUGGCAACCCCUAAUAUUUGGGAUGUCUCAAUGCUAUUUGCCUUCAUUAGUUUGCUCAUUAUGCUUCCCACUUGGUGGAUUGUAUCUUCCUGGCUGGUAUGGGGAAUGAUUCUAUCUGUUUAUCUGAUCAUAAGAGCUUUGAGAUUAUGGAGGACAGCCAGACUACAGAUAACCUUAAAAAAAUACAUUGUCCAUUUGGAAGAUAUAACAACAAAUAGCCGAGCUUUUACUAACCUCGUAAGAAAAGCUUUACGUCUUAUUCAAGAAACUGAAGUCAUUUCUAGAGGAUUUACACUUUUGCUUGACAGGGUCAGUGCUGCUUGCCCAUUUAAUAAAGCUGGACAGCAUCCCAGUCAGCAUCUCAUCGGUCUUCGGAAAGCUGUCUACAGGACUGUAAGAGCCAACUUUCAAGCAGCAAGGCUAGCUACCCUAUAUAUGCUGAAAAACUACCCCCUGAACUCUGAGAGUGAUAAUGUAACCAACUACAUCUGUGUGGUGCCUUUUAAGGAGCUGGGCCUUGGACUUAGUGAAGAGCAGAUUUCAGAAGAGGAAGCACAUAACCUUACAGAUGGCUUCAGCUUGCCUGCAUUGAAGGUUUUGUUCCAACUGUGGGUGGCACAGAGUUCAGAGUUCUUCAGGAGGUUAUCCCUUUUACUUUCUACGACUAAUUCACCUCCUGGGCCCUUACUUACUCCAGCACUUUCGCCUCAUCGUAUCUUAUCUGAUGUGACGCAAGGUCUACCUCACGCUCAUUCUGCCUGCUUAGAAGAGCUUAAGCGCAGCUAUGAAUUCUAUCGGUACUUUGAAACUCAGCACCAGUCAGUGCCCCAGCGUUUGUCCAAAACUCAGCAGAAGUCAAGAGAACUGAAUAAUGUUCAUACAGCAGUACGCAGCUUACAGCUCCAUCUGAAAGCAUUACUGAAUGAGGUAAUAAUUCUUGAGGAUGAACUUGAAAAGCUUGUUUGUACUAAAGAAACACAAGAACUAGUGUCAGAAGCUUAUCAAAUCCUAGACCAGAAAUUUAAGUUGAUUCAGCCCCAUGUUCAAGCAAGCAACAAUUGCUGGGAAGAGGCCAUUUCUCAAGUGGACAAAUUGCUACGAAGAAAUACAGAUAAAAAAGGCAAAGCGGAAAUGGCAUGUGAAAACCCACGCUGUACUAUGGUACCCUUGAUGCAGCCCACUCUACAUAUUGCAGACAAAGAUCCAAUCCCUGAGGAGCAGGAGUUAGAAGCUUAUGUAGAUGAUAUAGAUAUGGACAGUGAUUUCGGAAAGGAUGAUUUUUAUUACUUGUCUCAAGAAGACAGAGAGAGACAGAAGCGUGAGCAUGAAGAAUCCAAGAGGGUACUCCAAGAACUAAAAUCUGUGCUGGGAUUUAAAGCAUCAGAGGCAGAAAGGCAGAAGUGGAAGCAACUUCUAUUUAGUGAUCAUGCUGUGUUGAAAUCCUUCUCUCCUGUAGACCCAGUGGAACCCAUAAGUAAUUCAGAAUCAUCAGUGGAUUCAGAUAUGGGGAAAGUUGGUAAAAAUGAUACUGAAGAGGAAAGUAGUAAACCCUCCACCACUGACAAUGAAAUAAGUAGUAGGACUGAGUAUUUAUGUGAAAACCCUCUAGAUGGUCAAAAUAAAGACAAUUCUGCAAAUGAAGUCUUCUUCCAAGGAGCUGAAGAAAGAGUGUGUUACCAGUGUGAGAGUGAAGAUGAGUCCCAGCAGGCAGAUGUAGGUGGCCUGGCCCCUUCCCAACCAACUCCCCGGGACUCAUCCCAGCCCUCCAUCAAGCAGAGGCUGGCACAGCUACAGCUGUCACCGGAUUUUACCUUCACUGCUGGCCUCGCUGCAGAAGUGGCUGCUAGAUCUCUCUCCUUUGCCACCAUGCAGGAACAGACUUUUGGUGAUGAGGAGGAAGAACAAAUAAUACAAGAAAAUAAAAAUGAGGUAGAAGAAAAGUAAGAGCCAAGAUUUACAUGAAGGAUUUUAAAUGGCUGGGGUUUUUUUGUUUGUUUGUUUGGUUUUUGUUUUUUUGGUUUUUUUUUUUUUUUUUUGGUGAAAGUAUUUUAACUUCAAGACUAGCUAUUCCACUGGAAAGGGAAAUGAGUGUAAGUUUACUGUAUUUUUAAAGCUAAGAUGUGAAUUUACAGGAAGAACCCUGGUUUGAACAACUGAUCUGAAAAUAGUAGUUACCUAUAAAUGGCAGAUUUUUAGGAAAAUAAGAGAAAGGUAAGGGCUCUUUUGAAUAAACUGCUGUUUUAUUUGCAGCAUACCUGAUUGAUCUUAGAAAUUCUUUAAGUAUCUUUAAUAACAAAUGAAUUUAUCAUUUCUUGCCAGAAUUUACUACCAUAAAAUGACUGGGAUAAUUCUGUUGCAAGAACAUCUACAUUUAGUAUGACUCAUUUUUACUGUAUUCUGGCAGUUAAUAACUGCAGCUAUUAUGUCAGUAACAAGUUGUUUGUAUUUUAUUUUUGUUUAUACCUGUCGUAAAACAAAAAUACACGUUCUGAAUAAAAAAAAUUGAAUUCAUGCAAUUGAUGCGUACUGGGGUUUGGAACUAAAAAGUAGUUUCAAAAGUACUUGGGUGUUAACAUGAUAACAUGUGUCUUAUGUUUCCUUGUUUGUAUGUGAAUUCAGUAGUUAAUUUUAAGAUUUCCUAAUGAUCUUUUUAAGAAAAAAUACUGUACCUUUUUAGGAACUACCCUUUCAAAUUUUUGUGUAUCUUUUUUUGUUCUUGCUGCAACUAAAAGAGAUGGCAUCAAAGUGGGAUCCCACUAGUCCAAGGCCUUAUCCCCAGCUUUGCAGAAAGUUGCUUUUAUCCCUUUGCCUAGAGAUAAAUGUUGCCAUUAACCAGCAGGUUACAAUGCUGCUGAUUUCCAGCCUGAGGCACUACCCUCUUCACUUUAAUAAGGUUCUGGAAACAGCCUAUCAACUUCCUGGAAGGCAUCCUUGUCUCCUUAACACUUUAUUUAUUUAUAAACUACCUCUUAAAAGGGGUUGCUUUCCAAAUUGUACAAUCUCAUCUGUUUUGUAUUGUGAUUACAUUUUCAAAGAGUGAUAUUUUCAGGAGUUAUGUUGGUUUUUAAUACCUAGAGUGCCUAUGUACUGACAUAGUUUAUAGAUAUUAUUUGAGGAAAAUGUAGGAAAAACUCAAUUUAUGCUUGCUAUUCUAGGAAGGAAAUUAAGAACCUAGUAUGCCUUGAGAGUUAAGAAACGUAUUUGAAUUCCUAUAAUUUAGCACUUCAAGUAAGUAAAUUUUCAUAAACCAAAGGGGAUUUUUUUUCCCAAUAAUCUAAGGAAAUUUAUUGUUGUCCUGAGGAAAAACUUGAUUUUGCUUUAUAAGAAUAGUAGCAAUACUUUAUACUAUAAGUAAUUCUGCCUGUUGCCAGAAAUUUUGAGACUUAACCAUAAUUAAGCUCUUGGGAGCUGUAAUAUCUUAGAGUGGGCCUAAUUUAUCACUUAGAAAUAGUUAGCUAAAUUUUAAGGAAAAAAUCCUGUGUUGUAACUAUUGUAUUCUUAAAUAAUAAUGCUUAGAGUUUAUUUCCAUUUUAAACUGCUUAGUUCGAAAUACUUUUUUCCUUGAAUUUAGAAGAAUUAUGGGAAAAUUUAGUAAUCUCUCUUAAUCUGUGACCUUACACAAGAAUUCGAGUUUAAUAAUUUUUAAUUCUUUUAUGCCAUUUUUAUUACACCAGUUGGGGAAAAUACCUUCAUAAUAUUAUAUCAGUUUUAAACAGUGCUCUUUAAGGUGAUGCUUUUUAAUUUUGAAAGACUAGUCUUCAUCAGGAAUUUCUAAUCUUCCAGUCUAAUGUUUUAUUUACUUGUUGUUAUUUAGUUCCAUGAAAAUUCUGCUUUUUGAAAUCAUGAUAAGGGUCUUGUAACUUUAAUUGAAUGUUCUUUUUUAUGUAGUUUUUAAAUUUCAUCAUCUUUUAAACUAUUUCUAAGAUAAAAUAUUGUCUUCCCUGUGAAAAUUCCUAAUUUUCUUAUAGAAUAGUCUAAAAGUCAGUGUUUUUCCUCCUUCUUAAUGGGGCCAUCUGCAUUAGAAUACAUUGGAGGUCUUAUUUUAAUUUUUAUUGUAUUUUUUGGUCUUUUUAGGGCUGCACCCGCAGCAUACGGAAGUUCCCAGGGUAGGUAUCACAUUGGAGCUGCAGCUGCUGGCCUGUGCCACAGUCCCCACAAUGCUAGAUCCAAGCUGUGCAACCCACAUCACAGCUCACAGCAACCCUGGAUCCAUAACCCACUGUGCAGGGCCAGGGAUUGAACCUGAGUCCUCAUGGAUGCUAGUCAGGUUCGUUACUGCUGAGCCACAACAGGAACUCCUGCUCAGUUAUUCUUAAUCAGUCAUUUGGGAAUGAGACCUAGGUGAUGCUUCUGCUUAGUAAAAUAGUAUGGUGAAAGAGUAUCCUCUGCUAAGAUUUUGUUCUUCUUUCUAUGAAUAUGUUAGGAAAUAAAACAAGUCAAUGUAGAUAUUCUUGUACUUUUAUGAGAAUAUUUUACUUUGUUGUAUGAGUUUCAGACAAAGUGACUAGUUUUAACGUAGAUGUAACUAGUUUUAAUAGAUGCCAUCCAAUGUCCAAAAGAAGCCCUCUGGGAAACAUAUUUUAUGGGGAAAACUUAGAAUCAUGCUCUCCAAAUUUAGCAAGAAUUCUUGUAAAGAGUAAUAUUCUGACAGCUUUUAAUAUAAAUAUAUCCAUAGUUUAUUUUAAACCUAGUACUUAACGUAAGAAUGCAUGAAAGAGGCACUAAGGUCACUCUUGAAGACAAGGUUUUUAUCCUUUGCCUAUUGUUAGGAAAGUCAUGGCAAUGAAUGAUCUGGUGACAGUUAUCAUAUCUUAAAUCCUUUUUUUCUUUCAGCUUUCACUAAAAUGCUACAUAUCUGGCCUGUCUAGGGCCAGACUCUUGAUAAUCUUUGAUUUGCAGUCUGCUGCUUAUUUUCACAAUUUGUCUGUAUUAUCUGACUUCAUAAAUUAAGUCCUCAUUAUUAUUAAUUGUACUUACAGCAUCUGAAUAAUUUUCAUUAGGAACAGAUGCAUUGACUCAGAUUUGAUUUCUGAAAUUAUUGGAGGCAAGUAAUCAAGAGAAACACAUUUAAGGCAAAUUACCAAGGAAAUUUAAGAAUAUGGGUUUUAACAGUUCAAUACAGAGAAACAGGCCUGAGUUUAAAUCCUAGAUCCAUCAUUUAAAAGCUAUGAGUGAAGUUCUUGCUGUGGCUCAAUGGGUUAAGAGCCUGACAUAGUGUCCAUGAGGAUGCAGGUUCAAUCCCUGGCCUCAUUCAGUGAAUUAAGGAUCCAGCAUUGCUGCAAGCUGCAACGUAGGUCAGAGAUGCAGCUGAGAUCUGGUGUUGCUGUGGCUGUGGUGUACGCUAGCAGCUGCAGCGCCGAUUCAACCCCUAGCCUGGAAACUUCCAUAUACUGCAGGUGCAGCCCUAAAAAAUCAUUUUUUAAGUAAUAUAAAAGCUGUGGGUGCAGCUAAUAUAAUAUUAUCAUGGGGAGUUUUCCCAGAAAAACUCAAAUUCUCUAAAUUGCCAAACGAUGUUUUUGUGAUUUCCGACUUCUCAGGGUAGUUAAAAAGGAAAUAAAACUUCUGAGGCCGGAAAACAGAUCUGGUUGUGUAAGUAAUCAGUUAGUAAAUAUGUUAGUAUAAUAGGUCAAAAAAUUAAAAACUUAGUUUUUCUGCAAAAUAAAUAGUAAUAUUCUGAUUCAUGCAAUAAAAAUGGUAAAGCUUUUAAUGUUAAAGCAUAAAAGGGAUCAAGUUCUGUUUCAUAACAUUAGAAGUCACUGGAGUGUUAAUCAGAAGUAACCCUAGAGCACAUCUCACUCUGAUGACUGACUUUUACUAAUAUACCAUUAGUAAUGUAAAAUAUGAAGUAUUUUGAUAAAUUAUUGGAAAUCAUGUGGGAAGAAAAGUUCAACUGAUCUGGUUUAAUCAUAGUAUACUGUUCCUAUAUCUAAACAAAACAAGAAUUAAAUACCUGGGAGGUCCCAUUGUGGCACAGUGGAAAUGAAUCCGACUAGUAACCAUGAGGAUGUGGGUUCAGUCCCUGGCCUUGCUCAGUGGGUUGGGGAGCCAGUGUUGCUGUGAGCUGUGGUGUAGAUUGCAGGUGCAGCUUGGAUCCUGCAUUGCUGUGGCUGUGGCCAGCAGCUGUAGCUCUGAUUCAGCCCCUAGCCUGAGAACGCCCAUGUGCCACAAGUGUGGCCCUAAAAAGCAAAAAAAAUAAAAUAAAAUAAAUACCGUAAGACGGUGGUAUAUAGCUCAGCUAACUUAUUAUUUGAACUAAAGUAGAUAUGCCAUGAGUAAAACCAGAGAAAGCUUGAAGAUUGAUUUGAAUCCUGUCUAUAAGAAUGUAUCUAUGCAGAUCACAUUUAGAGUUAGAAAAUGAAGCUUUGAAUAUUUUAGAAGAGAAAAUAUGGGGGGAAAUGAAUCAUAACAAUUCAUUCAUGUUAUCUUUUUUUUUUUUUUUUUCCUAUUUAGGGCCACACCCAAGGCAUAUGGAGUUUCCCAGGCGAGGGGUCUAAUCGGAGCUGUAGCUGCUGGCCUAUGCCACAGCCACAGCAAUGCCAGACCUGAGCCAUGUAUGCAACCUACACCACAGUUCAUGGCAACACUGGAUCCUUAACCCACUGAGCGAGGCCAGGGAUCGAACUUGCUUCCUCAUGGAUGCUAGUCAGAUUCAUUUCCACUGAGCCAUGAUGGGAACUCCCAUUCAUGUCAUCAUUGACAGGUAACUUAAUUGCAUAAGUUAAAUUUUCAAUUAACUGAGGCAAAUCCAUUUAAUCAUUAAUUUUUAAACAAUUUUAUAAGAAAUAGUCUAAGUAUUUCUACUUAUCCAUUUUUUCUUUGUCAUCUUCAAGAGCAUAACUUCCUGUCAUGGGUGAUAAAUAGAAAUCACCCUCAGGGGCUACUGAGAUAUAUAAUGCCCCUUUCUAUGUGACCUUGCAUUGCUGUGCUUUUUGAGUUAUGUCUGUUUUUCAUAGUUUCUCUAUUUUCCCUUAUAAUCAGCUGUCACUUUUUUGCUGCUGUCUUGUAUGCCUGCCUCCUGCAUUAGGCCCCUAAUUUGCUGCUUCUAAUCUGCUGUGGACUGAGAAACCAGACUGCCAAGCUUGCUAAACUGUGUCUGAAAUAAGAGUAAGUAGACUGAACAAAGGCUAAGGGGCUUUUCUGUCAGUAAAGUGCAUGGACUUUGUGGUACCUGUUUGGCUGCUUAACAUACUUUUUUUGGUUUGUUUAUUAGUUCUUUACUAAGAAUCUGCUAAAAAAUACUUGGUUGAAUGUGUUAUUGCCAUAUAUUUAAAGUAUUUCAUCAGUUUUUAUAUGGUGAUAUUUCUAGGACUCUCCAUUAAUGAAUUCAGCUAUACAAGAAAAUGUGACUGUCAUCUUUAUACAGAUCGUUGUGUGUAUUUUAGGGAAAUGUUGUAUAGUUUGUUCUUGCUAAAUAUUCUAGGAUAGUAUACAUACAUAAAACUUAAAGCACUGUAAAUAGAAUUCAACUCUGCUCACCAAAAUAUAUGUUCUAGAGCUAUUGGUUUGAGACUAAACAUGCAUGGCUUAUUUAGUAAGAACUGUCUAAAUAAAUAUUUGGAGGAAUGAGCCAUUCUAGGUAUCCCACUUUCCUAGAGAACUUAAGGAUCUGAUGUUGUCACUACUGUGGCUCAGGUUGCUGCCGUGGCGCAGGUUAGAUCCCUGGCCCUGGGGACUUCCACAUGAUGGACGUAGCCAAGAUGAUAGUAAUAAGUGUAUUAAAUCAGAUAGCUGUUCUCAAAAUAGAAGAGCUCUUAGUGUACAAAAUGAACCAUUUUGUUUCCAUAUAUUUACCUUCUAUAUAUUUCACUCCUCUAAUUUUUUGGCUCUGAUUAAAACCAGUCCACUUGAAUUAGCAUUUUCUAUAGGGCUUUCUAUUUGAAUUAAAUACCACAUGCUGCUAAUAAUUUCUUUGGCUGGGUUGUUUUUGUUAUGCUGGUUUUGUUUUUAGAGAACUGUAUCUUCAUUUCCAAAACAUGAAGUAGGUUGAGCCCUGGAAAAUAAGGAAAUUUUCAUUAUUAAUACCAUAGAGAACUGAGAAGUAAUAAGGUUUUUAGACUCCAGACAGACCAAAUAAUUUAUUCUUUGAUUAUGCAGAUUUUUAAGACAUUAUUUUCAUUCAAAAAUAUACGUUAAAAGUUUGCCAAAAGUUAGUGUUAGAUCUGAUGAUAUUGACAGAUAUUUGAAUGACUGAAGUCCCACUGUCAUUAUGUAUUUUGCAUGUUUAAAUUAUAAUAUGUUCAUCAAGUAUGAUGAUUUUUCUCAAGUGAAAAAUAAACAUUAAAUUCGCAUGUUAUGAUAUUUGCAAGUAAAAUUCAAAUCUGUCUAGGAAGGGGUAUUUGUCUGGGAUUAGCAUUGAACCAACUUAGUUUUACCAAGUUAGGCUGAUUCUGUUUUAGUAAUCAUAUGUUGAUUCAUCUUUCCAUAAUAUACAAGGUAAUCAGAAAAUCAGGCUGCUUAUUUUAUGGCCAUGCCUCAAAGUCAGCUUUCAGUUAUCCGUGUUACUGAAAGGGAAUUGUGAUACAACAUUUAUUAAAAAAUAGAUGAUCCAAACCAGUUUUUUGAGUUGAGACUGCCAUUACAGCAUAGUCCUGAAGCCAAACUUGAGUUGGUGGUAUAUGGAGAAAGAUUCUCUUCAAGAAUAGUUGUAAGAGGGAAGUGAGUCUACUUAGUGUAAUUGCUAUAAACCAAAAAGAGGAUGAAUUGAUAUAUUCAUAUACAAAAGUCUAAUGUGAAUAAGGAGUUGAUUUUAUGCAUAUACUAAAAUGUGUGAUAAAUUAAAAUAUAUACAGUAUGUUUUAA